AAGGUGGUCAAAGCGCAGCCUUUCGGCCACGCGAGGAUUCAUGCGAGUUGAUGUAUUAAAUCACGGACAUGGCAGAUCACGCUGAUUGUAUGCCGUGACGGGCAGAGGCGCUGGUCUCUGACGAGACGUGGUAGGAAGAGCAAUGACAGAAAUGCAAAGCGUGCAAAAGGCGUUCCAAGCAUUCGUCGAUCGGCGCAAGCCGCUCAGAGUGACUGCACUUGCUGGUGCUGGCCUCUCUGCAGCCUCUGGAAUUCCGACGUUUCGAGGCGCAGGCGGCUUGUGGAGGACUUUUGAUGCCAUGUCGCUUGCUACGCCAGAAGCUUUUGAAGCAGAUCCCAGCCGCGCUUGGCUUUUCUACGAAUACAGGAGGCGCAAGGCUGCUGCUUCGUCGCCCAACGCGGCACACUUGGCUCUCGCCCAGUUGGCGGCCAGACAGCCCGAAUUCACUCUGAUCACGCAGAACGUUGAUGGUCUCUCGGGGCGAGCGAUGCAAGAAGAGGCCUCAGCACGCAUCCUCGAGAUGCACGGCUCGAUAUUUCGCGUCAAGUGCACCAGAUGUCAAGACACGCAUGUGAACACAAAGAUGCCCAUUUGCGAUGCUCUAGCAGACGCAGAGUUUUACAUAGAUCCCAGCGUGCCCGAGCCAAAGAUUCCAGCAGAAGAGCUGCCCCGCUGCGAGCGCGUCCGAAGAGGCAAGUCAUGCGGUGGACUCUUGAGACCGGGAGUCGUUUGGUUUGGCGAAAUGCCAGAACACCUCGAUGAGAUUGACGAUGUGCUGCGUCGGACCGAUCUUCUACUUGUCGUAGGCACCUCUUCUGUCGUGCGUCGGAUACGAUCCAUCAUUGCAGAGGCUGAUGGUCUCGCAGGUCUACCCGGCCGCGUCAUUUGCGGCCAGAGCGCAAGCUGGCGGUGCCAAGAUUGCAGUGUUCAAUCUUGAGGCAGCUCCCGGGGACGAGGAGGCAGAUUUUCUCUUCCGAGGCCCAUGUGAGGAAUCGCUUCCGAAAGCUUUAGCGAGUGUCUGAGCUCAAACCGUUUUCUGCCUGUUGUAAGCGAGUCGUCUCGAAGUCUGCCAAGUAUGCACAAUCAGCAGCAAAGUCGCGAAGAAGAUGACGAUGGUCUGCGUUGAGCGAAUGAACGCGAGGUCAGUCAUAUCGCCCAAGGGAACAGCAACGCUCAUUUGGUCGCCGAUGCACUGGAUGUCGCGCACUUUACAUAGACAGUCUUGACAUACCUGUCAUAGACGUAUCAGGUUCCGCAAGCGGUCGAGUACACAUCCACUGCACGCGCGGCAAAGGCACGGUGAUCUCGUUGGCAAUGCUGCCAGUACUGCUCGCGGGCAGGUAGCGCAUGU